AGAGGCGGGGCCGCCCCUUCCAGACCCAGCCAGCCGAUCGCCUCGGCCCGGCCUCCGGCUGCCGCCAUUCGCAGCCAGGCGGAGAGUCGGGCCCCGCGGCGCCGGCCCAUCCAUCGGCCCGGGCUCGUGGCGUCUCGGCUGCCGGCUCCACGUUCCGACGCGCCCCUUCAAACGGCGGCGGGGCCGAUGCAGCCCGCGGGCUCCCCGCUGCGGCUCCUCUUCCUCCUCUCGCUGGCCAAGGCGGCCAGGGCGAGCGGGGCGGCGGCGGGAGCAGAUAAAAACUGUAGCCAUUUGAAAGAAAUGGACGUCAUCCAAAAACCAGAUGCAGAUUGUUACUGUUAUAUGCAAAAUGGAACAAUGAACUUAAAAUAUAUUUGGUCAGCUCUUCAGGUGAAAAUUAACAGCACAGAAAUGUUCAAGUUUGUGCCUAUCUCAGCUGAAAGCAAUUGUCAUAAUUCAGAAACUAUUUUUGCAUUUUUCAAGUGUGUUGUUCAAAUCAUUUGGCAAUCAGAGGCAUCUAAAGAAACUGUCAUAAACAUAAACCAAUAUGGAGAGAAUGUGUGUUUCACAGUCCAACCCUACAAGAAAGUACCCUACACCGUGAGUGUACAACGAAACAUGGUGGAUAGGAAACUCAUCCUUUUGUUCGUAGCUGGUGUUUUACUGUUCCAUUUUGCAAACGCCUUGAGUAGGAGUGCUAUGUUCUAUUACUCUGCUGGAGUGGCAUUGGGUGUUCUUGCUACGCUAGUCUUUCUCCUGUUGACACUUAAAAGAUUUAUUCCAAAGCACAGCACCUUUGGGAUUUUAAUGAGUGGCUGCUGGAUGUCCUCUCUCUACUUUAUUUACUGUUUGCAAGGGGAAAUGAAGUGGCUGUGGUCUGAAUAUAGAAACUACUUACUGGGGUAUUUUCUGACCGUUGGAUUUAUCAGCUUUGUGGUUUGUUACAAGCAUGGACCACUUACCAGUGAGCGAAGCAUAACCCUCUUGACGUGGACAUUACAAUUAAUAGCCUUUGUCUUGAUUUAUUUUGGUGUCACCAUCCCACAGGUUGCAUAUGCAGUAAUAGCUAUCAUCCUCUGUUCAAAAGGCCUAUGCUAUCCCCUUGGCAUGGUCUCUUUUGUGGGCAGAAAAAUCAAGAAUUAUUUUAAAUCAAAAAACCUAGUGUUUCAGCUUCUUACUGAAGAGGAAUACAGGGAGCAGGGGGAAACAGAGACUGUGAAAGCCUUGGAGGAGCUACGCUCAUUCUGCAGGAGUCCAGAUUUCUCAUCCUGGUUAGCUGUGUCCAAACUGCAGUCUCCUAAAAAAGGUCCCAUGAUGUUCAGUCUUACUGGCUUCCACUCAGACAAAUGCCACAGCAUGUACUAUGCUCAUGCUAUCACUACCCAAACAUAACUACACUGGAGCCAGUCUACUGGGAUCAGAAAGUCUUACCAUACACCCCAACAGGCCGGCUCCAGAGACUCUGCUUCCACUGGUGUGGCAGGGGGUCCAUAGCUGAUAUGUGUUGCCAGGAUAGUGACACUGGAUCACCACUUAGAGCAGAAAAUGGGGAGCAAUGGCAAGGCUGGACAUUAACAGGCAAAGUGGGUAGGGAGAUUAAAUCUGUAGUGCACAAGAGCUACAACAAAUUUGUUCCUUUCAUCCAUUCAUCUCUACCAUCUUUCUGUCCAACAACUUCACUUCUUUUCCUUGAUUGACUCCUGUGCAUACAAUUUCUUGCCAACUUUCUCCCAAAGAGAAAAAUGGCCCUAUCCAGGAAGCACACUUUUCAUAUCCCUCCUCAUCAGUUUCUCUUCCUUUCUGCCAGCCUCCCUUAGCUCAGAAGCAACAAAUCAAGUAAGGAAUACGGACAGAGUUCUUCUGUUUACUUGUCUUUCAGAAUGUUCAGCUAGAUAUUUAUAAAUCGAACCCAAAAUGAUCACAUUUGAGUGUCAAAAGUUUAAACACCUAAUUAAAAGUGGCCUGAUUUUUAGAAGGGCUGAGCCAUUGAAUUUAGGAGCUAGUAAGUACUUAGGGAGCCUUCAUCAUAACCUCUGAGCAACUGCUUGUUUGAUUUUUCUCAUCUUUCCAUGAUCCUUCAUAUCUUAGGACACAGCUGCUUAGCAGAGCUGGGCAAAUAUUUGAUAUUUCUGUUCACUGACAGUUAU